UGUGGCGUCCGAUACUACGUUGUGUGACGUCUGAGACCUAAUGUGACGUCUAAGAUAUAACCGUCAUACUACAAUGUGAUUGUCGGACGCCACACAAAAGGGCCAACUACGUGUUUUUUUUAAACAUAAUUCAGUUUGUUUUUUUUAAACAUAAUUCAGUUUGUGAAAUAUUUUUGAUCAAAUUUCGUGCACCAUGACAAAGCCCAACAACCACAUUGUCCCUCCUUCGGCUGCUGGUCCAAUUUGGUUGUUAAUUCGGUCACACCACACCAACCACUCGCUUUACGGCUGGAUCCGACGAUUCCGGCCGCGCUGCGAUGGCGCCGAUCGGUCUCUGACGCCGUCGACGGGGUUGUUCAGAAUCUUGGUGCUCGAGAAGACAGCUAAAUUACCAUUGGUUUACGGUGAUUUGACUAAGUUGGGGCUACAAAAGUGAGUGAGUUAGGGAUUCUAAGAACCAGCGGCGGCGGCGGCGGCGAUGUCGGAGCCGGUGGUGGUUGUGGGCGGGUGGGCGAGCCCGUUCGUGACGCGAGUGUGCAUCGCGCUCAGGCUCAAGGGCGUGGAGUACGAGUUCCUCCAGGAAGCGGUGGGCAGGAAGAGCGAGCUGCUGCUCAGGUCCAACCCCGUGUACAGGAAGAUGCCCGUGCUCCUCCACGCCGGUCGCCCCGUCUGCGAGUCCCUGGUCAUCCUGCAGUACGUCGACGAAGCUUUCUCCGCCGCCGGGAAGCCCAUCCUCCCGGCCGACCCCUACCGCCGCGCCGUCCACCGGUUCUGGGCAGAGUAUGCCGACGCCAAGCUCCAUUCACCGCUUCGGACGCUGAGAGGUAUGGUCGGCGGCGACAAGGUCGACGCCGCGGAGCAGGUGUCCGCCGCGCUCCGGCAGCUCGAGGAGGCCUUCGUGGAGUCCAGCGGCGGGAAGCCCUAUUUCGGUGGGGAUGAUGUCGGCUUCCUGGACAUCGUCGUUGGCUCCUACAUCGGGUGGUUCGGAGCCGCGGAGAGGAUCGCUGGUCUUCCCGUCCUCGACCAGGCGAGAACGCCGCGGCUGGCGGCCUGGGCGGUGCGGUUCUGCGCGCACGAGGCCGUCGGGGAGCUCGUGCCCGACGCCGCCAGGCUCGUUGAGUUCGGAGAGGUGCUCCGAGCGGCAAUGGCGGCCAACGCUUCCUACCGGCCGUGAGGCGCCGCCGCGCCGGAGCCUCGGCGAGGGGAUCCAGCUGUUCUCCUCCAAGGCUCCAACCUGGUUGGUUGGGUUCACUUGUCCCUGCAGACCCGCACAUACGUCUCUGAAUCUAUAUCUAUAUCUAUACAUAAUAAUAAGCCGCUAUUGCUUC